GGCUGGAGUUCGUCGUGCCCUUCAUGACCCUCUGGAAGAAGGUGCCUUGGUUCUCUAUGAGCCUCCCCCACUCAGCGUCCAUGACCAACUGAAGCUUGACAAGGAAAAACUCCCUGUUCACGUGGUUGUUGACCCUAUUCUCAGUAAGGUAUUGCGGCCUCAUCAGAGAGAGGGAGUGAAGUUCCUAUGGGAGUGUGUCACCAGUCGUCGAAUUCCUGGAAGCCAUGGCUGCAUCAUGGCCGAUGAGAUGGGCCUGGGGAAGACACUGCAGUGCAUCACAUUGAUGUGGACACUUUUACGCCAGAGCCCAGAAUGCAAGCCAGAAAUCGAGAAGGCAGUGGUGGUGUCACCUUCUAGCCUGGUGAAGAACUGGUACAAUGAGGUUGAGAAAUGGCUUGGAGGGAGGAUUCAACCUCUGGCCAUUGACGGAGGCUCGAAGGACGAGAUAGAUCAAAAAUUGGAAGGAUUCAUGAACCAGCGUGGAGCUAGAGUGCCUUCCCCCAUCCUCAUCAUUUCCUAUGAGACUUUCCGCCUGCAUGUUGGAGUUCUUAAAAAAGGAAAUGUUGGACUGGUCAUAUGUGACGAGGGCCACAGGCUAAAGAACUCUGAGAAUCAGACUUACCAGGCUCUGGACAGCUUGAAUACCAGCCGGCGGGUGCUAAUCUCCGGGACCCCCAUCCAAAAUGAUUUGCUGGAGUAUUUCAGCUUGGUGCACUUUGUAAAUUCUGGCAUUUUGGGAACUGCUCAGGAAUUCAAGAAGCAUUUUGAGUUGCCGAUUUUGAAGAGUCGAGAUGCAGCUGCCAGUGAGGCAGACAGGCAACGUGGGGAGGAACGUCUGCAGGAGCUCAUCAGUAUUGUGAACAGGUGCCUGAUACGGAGAACAUCUGAUAUCCUCUCUAAGUAUCUGCCCGUGAAGAUUGAGCAGGUGGUUUGUUGUAGGCUGACACCCCUUCAAACUGAGCUAUACAAGAGAUUUCUGAGACAGGCUAAGCCUGAAGAAGAAUUGCGUGAGGGCAAGAUGAGUGUGUCUUCCCUGUCUUCUAUCACCUCUCUAAAGAAGCUGUGUAAUCAUCCAGCUCUAAUCUAUGACAAGUGUGUGGCAGAGGAGGAUGGCUUUGAGGGCACUUUGGGUAUCUUCCCACCUGGUUAUAACUCUAAAGCUGUAGAGCCACAGUUGUCAGGUAAGAUGCUGGUCCUUGAUUACAUUCUGGCCGUGACUAGAAGCCGUAGCAGUGACAAAGUCGUGCUGGUGUCUAAUUAUACUCAGACAUUGGAUCUCUUUGAAAAGCUGUGCCGGGUUCGAAGGUACUUGUAUGUUCGCCUGGAUGGCACAAUGUCCAUUAAGAAGCGAGCCAAGGUUGUGGAGCGCUUCAAUAGCCCAUCGAGCCCUGAUUUUGUUUUCAUGCUGAGCAGCAAAGCUGGGGGCUGUGGUCUUAACCUCAUUGGUGCUAACCGACUGGUCAUGUUUGAUCCUGACUGGAAUCCAGCCAAUGAUGAACAAGCUAUGGCCCGAGUCUGGCGUGAUGGUCAAAAGAAGAUCUGCUAUAUCUACCGACUGCUAUCUGCAGGAACAAUUGAGGAGAAGAUCUUUCAGCGGCAGAGCCACAAGAAGGCCCUGAGCAGCUGUGUGGUGGACGAGGAGCAGGACGUGGAGCGCCACUUUUCUCUUGGUGAGCUCAAAGAGCUGUUUACCCUGGAUGAAGCAAGCCUCAGUGACACACAUGACAGAUUGCAUUGCCGCCGUUGUGUAAACAGCCGUCAGGUCCGGCCACCCCCUGAUGGUUCUGACUGCACUUCAGACCUGGCUCAGUGGAACCACAGCACAGAUAAACGAGGGCUCCAGGAUGAGGUACUCCAGGCUGCCUGGGAUGCUUCAUCUACAGCCAUCACCUUCGUCUUCCACCAGCGUUCUCAUGAGGAGCAGCGUGGUCUUCACUGAUAA